AUGUCUAGCGCGGCUCUUCGUGGCAGGCUGCGUAGCCUCUGGGCUUCCCUGACCGAUCCUCGUAUGGAUCAAUGUCUUGAGAGCGAAAACGUCGUACCGUCGAAGUUUCUCACCGAUAACAAUAUUAUUUUAACCUUCCAUGACUUCCGAUUCUCGAAUACCCCAGAGGGGAACCUGAACACUAAACCGCCCCUUCUUUUCCUCCUCCGCACACGAAACAUCAUUAUCGAGCACCCCAUCGAUUUUAAUGACGAGUUUUUCACGAUGGCAAAGGACGAGUGGUUCCUUGAAGAAGAUCCCUGGCCAGCGACUCAGGUGCCGAAAAUUUUCAUUCACGAGCCGAUGCCCUUUUACCGCGGAAGCUCUCUCGCCCAUUACAUUGAGAAUUGGGCAAUGGACUGGUACCCUCGUCGCCUCCCAAGUGGCUAUCCGAAUCUUGCCACACUAUGCGGUAUUCAUUGCGUUGCAAACCCACACGCGUUGAACGUGGAAACACGCGGGUUCUGGAGACCUCUUUUACCCCAUAUGAUUCUGCUAGGCGUACAGUCCUGCAAGGGUAUCGCAAACACUAUCAGUCUGGACGAGCUGACACCCAUCGUCACCGCCAUGCGCUGCCGAGCGCAUCAGCCCGCUCUGUUUGACGAAGACGCCGUACUGGUGGGUGGCGUAACACAGUCGGAAGAUAGUAACCCUGAGCCGGAUCGCGAAGACAAAUUAGCCUUUAAGGGCGAGAAGAGGUUCCCGGUUGUCAUGGUCUCUCUCGUUGGGCCCCAGCACGUAAGGGUUAUUUAUGCCUGCAUGGAUGGCAUGAGGCUUUCCAUCAGAAUGUCGGCAUGUCACAUAAUCCAGCCGACCGACGAGGGUGUUAUUCACAACAUUGCUGGCGUCCUUCUCAGUGAACCAUUGGUGGAGAGUACUGAGCAGGAUCAAGAGGGCCACGGCUAA